AUGUUGGCCGCACCGAAAGUAUACCUUGCUGGCCCGGAUGUCUUUGAGCCCAACGCUGUCGAAAGAGGCGAACAACUUAAGGCUCUCUGCACAAAACAUGGACUCACGGGUCUUUUUCCUCUGGAUAAUAUAAUCGAGACCGCCGAACCAGGUAGCGUAGCUCACGCAGCCGCAAUUCGAACAGCCAACAUGACGCUCAUCUCCUCAUGUGAUGCCAUCCUCGCAAAUCUGACUCCUUUCCGGGGGCCUUCGAUGGAUGUCGGAACAGCUUAUGAGAUGGGCGCUGGUUCUGCACUAGGAAAAGUUGUGGUUGGAUACACGACUGAUGGAGGGAAGCCGUACGUUGAGAAAGUUUCCAAAGCACACACUGUGAAGAGGGCAGAGGAUGGCCACGUGAGAGAUGAGAGGAACAUGUCCGUGGAGGAAUUCGGGGUCAAAGAAGGUGGAGGGCUCGUAGAUAAUCUGAUGAUCAGUUGCGGGAUGGAGAAAUUGUGUAGUUCAGAAGAAGAAGGCUUAGCCGUCAUUGCAGAACUAUUGAAGGGAAAGAGCAAGGCGUAG